GAUUCUGGCGUCAUCUCCACUACAGCGAUGGCGGCGCAGGGAGCAGCUGCUGCGGUUGCGGCGGCGACUUCAGGGGUCGCGGGGGAGGGCGAGCCCGGGCCCGGGGAGAAUGCGGCGGUCGAGGGGACCGCCCCGUCCCCGGGCCGCGUCUCUCCCCCGACCCCGGCGCGCGGCGAGCCCGAAGUCACCGUGGAGAUCGGAGAAACGUACCUGUGCCGACGCCCGGACAGCACCUGGCAUUCUGCUGAAGUGAUCCAGUCUCGAGUGAAUGAUCAGGAGGGCCGAGAGGAAUUCUAUGUACACUACGUAGGCUUUAACCGGCGCCUGGACGAAUGGGUCGACAAGAACCGGCUGGCGUUGACCAAGACGGUCAAAGAUGCCGUGCAGAAGAACUCCGAGAAGUACCUGAGUGAGCUGGCUGAGCAGCCCGAGCGCAAGAUCACUCGCAACCAGAAGCGCAAGCACGAUGAGAUCAAUCAUGUGCAGAAGACCUACGCAGAGAUGGACCCCACCACAGCAGCCUUGGAGAAGGAGCACGAAGCGAUCACCAAGGUCAAGUAUGUGGACAAGAUCCACAUCGGGAACUACGAAAUCGAUGCGUGGUACUUCUCACCGUUCCCCGAAGACUAUGGGAAACAGCCCAAACUGUGGCUCUGCGAGUACUGCCUCAAGUACAUGAAAUUUGAGAAGAGCUACCGCUUCCACUUGGGCCAGUGUCAGUGGCGGCAGCCCCCCGGGAAGGAGAUCUAUCGCAAGAGCAACAUCUCUGUGUACGAGGUCGACGGCAAAGACCACAAGAUUUACUGUCAGAACCUGUGUCUGCUGGCCAAGCUCUUCCUGGACCACAAGACCUUGUACUUCGACGUGGAGCCCUUCGUCUUUUACAUCUUGACCGAGGUGGACAGGCAGGGGGCCCACAUCGUUGGCUACUUCUCUAAGGAGAAAGAGUCUCCAGACGGCAACAAUGUGGCCUGCAUCCUGACUCUGCCCCCCUACCAGCGCCGUGGCUAUGGAAAAUUCCUCAUUGCUUUCAGUUAUGAGCUCUCCAAGCUGGAGAGCACGGUCGGCUCCCCAGAGAAGCCACUGUCCGACCUGGGCAAGCUCAGCUACCGCAGCUACUGGUCUUGGGUCCUGCUGGAGAUCCUGCGAGACUUCCGGGGCACACUGUCCAUCAAGGACCUUAGCCAGAUGACCAGCAUCACCCAGAAUGACAUCAUCAGCACCCUGCAGUCCCUCAACAUGGUCAAGUACUGGAAGGGCCAGCACGUGAUCUGUGUCACACCCAAGCUGGUGGAAGAGCACCUCAAAAGCGCCCAGUAUAAGAAACCACCCAUAACAGGUGGGUGGGGGGCUGCCCAGGGUGUGUGUGUGGGGGGGCAGGUGUUAAGAUCUCCUGGGAUCCAGAGCCACCUUUUGGCUGUUACAUGAUCCCAAACUAGUCUGACCAGCUCCCAGGACGGAAGCCCUGGGCAGGCUCGUCACUCCCGGGCUGGAGGUGAAACCUGGCCGGGGCCCGGGGCCCAGCCCCGCCUCUCAUGCCUCUCUCCCCACAGUGGACUCAGUCUGUCUCAAGUGGGCACCCCCCAAGCACAAGCAGGUCAAACUCUCCAAGAAGUGAGCUGGCCGCACCCCUGCUGCCGGACCCUGCUUCCCUCCCCACCCCCCCUUUCCUGCCUGUAAAUAUGUACAGACCUGUUUCAUCUUUUUUUUUUUUUUUAAUAAAGUAAAUUCUGCCAGUG